CAAGAAAAGAAAAGAAUUCUUCUUCCCCUCUAAGCCCAUACUUCAUUAUAUAUAUCCCUCUACAAGUUAACUAUUUCCUUCCCUUUCUUCCUUCCCACUUCCCACCAUCCCUUAAGCCAUAUACUCUCAGGGCACACUUACAUAUUCAUCCUCAUCAUUUUUUUUAUUAUAAUGAAAUUAUUUGGUUAUGAAAUUAUUCAUAUCCUCCAUUUUUUACUUCUCCUCUGUUUCUCCGUGUCAGAUUCCGUAGAAUCUUUAGGAAUAAACUAUGGACAAGUAGGCAAUAACUUGCCACAACCGGAUACCGUAUUAUCCCUUAUUACUUCAAUGAGAUUAACAAAGGCAAGAAUCUACGACACAAACCCUCAAAUCUUAACAACCUUCGCCAACUCGGGUGUCGAACUCAUCGUAACGGUCGAAAAUAACAUGCUAGCUACUCUCAUUAAUCCUCAACAAGCCCUUCAAUGGGUUACAACCCAUAUUAAACCCUACUUUCCGGCCACCAAAAUCAUCGGAAUCUCGGUGGGUAACGAGGUUUUUACCGACCCAGAUACUUCCUUAACUUCCUACGUUGUUCCAGCAAUGAUUAGUGUUCAUAAUGCACUGAGUCAACUCGGUUUGAGCUCAUAUAUUCAAGUUUUAUCACCUACAUCAGCUGGGGUUUUACAAGAAUCUUAUCCGCCUUCCGCCGGUUCAUUUAAACCGGAAUUAGUAGGGGUUAUGACCCAAUAUUUGCACUUUUUGCAAGCUACUAAUGGGUCCUUUUGGCUCAACGCGUAUCCCUAUUUUGCGUAUAAGGAUAAUCCGACAAAGAUUUCACUUGAUUAUGUUUUAUUUAACCCGAAUGCGGGAAUGGUUGAUCCAAAUACUAAAUUACAUUAUGAUAAUAUGUUGUAUGCUCAAGUUGAUGCGGUUAUUUUUGCUAAUUGGAGGUUGGGUUUUGGCGGGUUGGAUGUACGGGUUUCUGAAACCGGAUGGCCUUCUAUGGGUGACCCGAAUGAGAUUGGGGCUACUAUUGAGAAUGCUGCGGCUUAUAAUAAAAAUUUGGUUAGAAGACAAUUGGCUAAUCAAGGAACUCCUUUAAGGCCAAAUAAAAGACUAGAAGUUUAUGUAUUUGCUCUAUUUAAUGAAGAUAUGAAACCUGGACCCACUUCUGAAAGGAAUUAUGGGUUGUUUCAUCCUGAUUGUAGAAUGACUUACAAUGUGGGUCUCACUUUGUUUGAUCGUCAACGUUCUUCUAACCCUUCUACUUCCAUCUCUUUGACAUCUUCUGCCUCUAAGGCAACAUACAAAGGCUAUCAAAGCUUGAUUUACUGGACGUUUGUAUAUUUGGUAGCUUGGCAACUUCUUAUAAGAAGACCAACAUAACAACAUCAUUGCUAAUUUUAGCCAAUAUUGUCAUGUAAAUAUCAAGAAUUUUUAUCUUGUAUUCUAUACAUGCAUCAUGUAUGUUAUUGUAUACCAUCUUUCAAAAAUUAUAGGGUUGUCUUUAAUCCAAAAACCAAUGUAGGCUAACAUUGUUUUUCAUGUCGUUAUUUAUUGUUACCAAAGGAAACAUUAGUCGUAAGAAAUAAGAAAUUAGUAU